AUGUUACUCUGUCUCAAUCCCCCCAUCCCCGAGCCGCCGCACCUGCAGGUGCCCCAGAGCCUGACGCUCAAGUUCACCGGCACGGGCCCGAACAAGGAGCGCCAGGAGGCGUGGUACCUGCAUCAGGUCUUCCUGCCACCCACCCGCGCUGAGCUGCUCAUCCCCGAUCUCGGUGCGGACGAGACGCGUCGCUUCGUUGAAGACGCCAGCGGCGUGUGGGUUCCAACCGGCGUUGUCGCCUACAAGGCGGGAGGAGGACCGCGGCACGUUGUGGUGCUCAAUGAUAUUCUCUAUACUGUCCUCGAGCUCACGAACGAGGUCACUGCACAUCGGUCUAUGCGGCGCUGUCUCGUCUAG